AUGGAGGUAGAGGAGGAAAAAGAAAUUGACUCAGAGGUCAUGGAGGUUGCAGCUCUCGGCCGUCCGUUCACCCUGGGGAUGCUGUAUGAUGCCCGCAGCGAUAAUAUCAUCCCAGGUCUGACGCUGUGGGAUAUUAAAACUCUUGAGGAGAAUACGGUUGAAACUCCUCAGCCCACCAGUUCCUUUGAUGUCUCUACCUCUGACUCAGUCAAGUCCAAGUGCUCGAUGAUGGAUAUCAACGCUUCCCUGAAGGCCAGCUUUUUGAGCGGACUGAUCAAAGUUGGAGGAUCUGCCCAUUAUCUGCAUGAUACAAAGCAAUCCAACAGUCAGAGCCGGUUGACCUUGCAGUACAAGGCUACCACCCACUUCAAAGAGCUGUCUCUGGCUGACUUGGGGACCAUAAAUGCAGAGCAGACAGAAGUUACUCAGAAGGGCACUGCAACACACAUCGUAACAGGCAUCCUCUACGGGGCGAAUGCUUUCUUUGUGUUUGACAGUGAAAAGCUUGACAGCAGCACCAAACAAGACAUCCAGGGCAAUAUGAAAGCUGUGAUUAAGAAGAUCCCUUCAAUCAAAAUUGAUGGCCAGGCUAAUCUCAAGAUACUUAAUGAAAACAAGGGUCUGACUGAUAAAUUCUCCUGCAAAUUCUAUGGAGACCUGGUUCUUGAACGCAACCCUAGCACAUUUGAAGAGGCAGUGAUGGCGUAUGCAGAACUUCCAAAGCUGAUAGGACCAAAGGGAGAGAACUCUGGUCCUCAGAGGGUCUGGCUGUUGCCACUGAAGGAUCUGGAUUCCAGUGCUACCCAGCUGCAGUGUGAGAUCAGUCAGGAACUCUUAAAGGAGGUGGAGGACGCCCUGGAAGAUUUGACACAAGUAGGAAUGAGGGUUAACGACGCUCUGGAUGAUGAAGACGUUAAGCGCUUUCCACCAAUUCAAGAGAAGUUACACCGUUUCCAAAAACUGAGUGACUUGUAUACGUCUAAAAUCAAGAUGAUGGUUGCAAAGAAACUGCCCCUCAUACGUGGAGGUGAAGAAGAUGAAACGUCAGCAAAGCAAAUGUUUGAAGACAGAGAAAAGUCCCCCUUCAGCCGUGAACGUCUCAGCAAGUGGAUGGACGGUAAAGAGAGAGAAAUCAAUGUCAUCAUGUCCUGCUUGGCUGACAUGAAGACAGUCAAACAUGACAUCAAGAUCGUCCCAGAUCAAUUUGCUGUAGGAAAAGCGGUUCUUGAGUCAGGUAAAGAUGAGGCCAUGUGCUAUGUUUUCACAUCCCUGCCUGACCCUGGCCUUGAGGCAAUGGCCAACUUCUUGGAUUCAGCUGAAGAAGAAAACCCAGAAGAGGACCCCUGGUACAAUUCAGAAACAGUGGUUAGAAAGAUGAGGAGAAUGGCCAAGCAGUUUAACAAAAACAGUUUUCCUGACAACAUCCUCCUCCUGAUAACAGCUGUAGCAGAUGAGAACCAUGAAGGAGCAUACAUCUACAGGUACAAAGAAAGCAUCCUGAAAGCAGUGCCUUCAAAGCUUGACUUGGGGUUCGUGACAUGUAGAGGAGAUUUCAUCCCCUACUUCACUGAUCUCACUCUGGACCCGGACACAGCAAACGAGAAUCUCACUGUGGAUCAGAACGUGGGGAAUGGGAAGGUGACAUAUGGACCAGCUCAGUUUUAUCCUGACCUGCCUCAGAGAUUCGAUGUUCUUCCUCAGAUUAUGUGUAGAGAGGGGCUGAACAAGUGCUGUUACUGGGAGGUUUGCUUCAAGCCAGAAAGCGAGGACUUGGCAGUAGGUGUUUGCUACAAAGAUAUGGUCAGGACAGGCAAAGAUGAGGCUGAGCUCGGUAAGAACACCAUGUCCUGGUGUUUGGAAUACAAAUACACUAAAAAAGCAGUUAUCAGUGCAAACAACAACCAUGGGAAGAGCAUGCUUUCUUCCCCUCUACCUGAUCUCAGUCAUGUGGGGGUGUAUCUUGACUGGGCUUCUGGCAAGCUGUCUUUUUAUGCUGUUGAUGGUCCAGCAGUCCAUUACCUCUACACCUUUAGCACCCCUUUCUCUGAGCCAGUUUACCCGGCCUUCUCUGUUUCCGGGAAUUCCAACUACAUAACUCUAGAAUAA